AUGCACUCGGCUCUCAGACCAAAACCUCCAGUCAAGAUACCUCCAUCUCUUAUUCCAUCAACAAUCGAUCAUCCUUCACAAUCAUUAAUAAGAAAAUCUUCUACUCAACAAAAUGAUCAUCAUCAAAAACCUAUAAAAAUUACCGAUGAUUAUCGUCACACUUCUUUAUCGUUGAAUCAUACAACAAUAGCAAGAUGUUGUUGGUCUUUAGGUUUAAGAAAUUCGAAGGGAAAAUAUUUAACAUCAGAGAGUUUUGGCAAUAAAAUUAAUGCUACUGGUACAUCUUUGAAAAGAAAGCAGAUAUGGACAAUUAUUUAUAAUUUUCAAAAUGAUUGUGUUUAUCUUCAAUCAUCAUUAAAUCAUUAUUUAUCUACCGAUAAGUAUGGUCGUUUGAAAUGUGAUUCUAAUAAACUUAAUGAUGAUUGCUAUUUUCAACUUGAAUACAAUCGAAUUGGUCAAUGGGCAUUUAAAUCUGUAACAUAUCAUAUGUAUUUCGGUGGCGAUAAUGAUCAUCUUCAUUGUUUUAGUAAAUCACCAGAAUGGUGGUCACCUCAUUUAGCUGUUCAAUCACAAAUUAAUUUAAAACAUGUUCUUCGUAAACGUUAUGCUAAAUUGGAUGAUGAUGAAAUUCAUGUUGAUGAAAUAAUUCCAUGGGGUAGUGAUGCAAUAAUUGCAGUUGAAUAUCUUGAUGAUCAUUAUUGUAUAAGAUCAAGUAAUGGAUUUUAUGCUCAUAAAGAUGGAAAACUAACAACAAUAAAAACUAAUGAAACAUUAUUUACAAUUGAACUCUAUAAAGGAUAUUUAACAUUUAAAGAUUGUGAUCAAUCUUAUUUAACAGCUAUUGGUCCAUUGGGAAUAUUGACAACAAGAAAUAAAAUAGCUGGCAAAGAUGAACAAUUUCUUUUAGAGGAAAGCAAAUUACAAAUAUGUCUAGUAGCAUCAAAUGGAAAACUUGUUUCAAUAAAACAAGGCAUUGAUUUAUCAGCUAAUCAAUAUGAACGUGAUCAUAGUAGUAUAUUUCAACUUGAAUAUGAUGAUGAUUUUCAUGCGUAUCAUAUUCGAACAUAUGAUGAUAAAUAUUGGAAAAUUGAAGUUGGUCACGGACGUAUAAAAUUUCAAACAUCGAAUGAAAAGUUUCUUGUUCCACAUGCUACUGGGCAUUUACGUGUUGUAAACGAACAAAUAAGUUCAAAUGAUGCUUAUUUUUCAAUAAAAUUUAUUAAUCGUCCAUUUUGUAUAUUUAAAUGUGAUUUUGGUCAUAUUGGUUAUCGUAAUAAACAAUCUCGUAUACUUGAAUGCAAUAAAGCUUUAUCUACUUUAUUUUCAUUGGAAGAACCACAUGAUGGAACACACAGCGAAGGAAUUAUAUAUCUUAAAGGAUCUGAUGGAGUUUAUUGGGAAAUUUUAAAUGAUUUAAGUAUCUGCGUUAAUGGAUGUGAACCAUCGAAAUUUGCAUUAGAAUUGUGUCCAUCACAUUCACGAGUUGUAAUAAAAGCACCAAAUGGAAUGUAUCUACGAGCAGAACAAAAUGGAAGUAUACAAGCAACCUGUCAGAAUAGUCGACAAGCAACACAAUGGGAGUUUUAA